CUGACACAACGUCGGUAAACAAUCGCUACGCUACACGCCCUGUUGUUCCCCGAAUCCAACCACAUCCAGCCGUGGCGGAAAAUCGUGUGGUCGUGCCAGAAGUAAGAUGUUUUCCCUGCUGGCACGGUGCCACUAGACUCGCGCAUCGGUUCGUGCGUAAAUCCGUCGCAGUAUCCGCUGUCCGCCGUGCAUCGGUUCGUCGUUCGGUGCGUAUGCUUGCGGGUGCAUACGGUAAAUAGAAACACACACACGCACGCAUAGCUACAGGUCUGGAAAGUUGAAGCUCCCGCAAUAUGUUGCGGGUGGCGCACGCGAUCACGAGGGCCGCUUCGUGCGGCAGUGGUUGCCUGGGUGAAAGGAGGGUGGUGGGUGGCUAGUGUGCGAAGCGCGUACCAAUAUUUGUGGGUACGCGCAAAAAAAAUCCAUCAAAACCAGUGUUCCAGGUGUAAGCGCACCAGCCGCCAGUGGCUUCUGUGCAGGCGUGACCUUCCGGCAUGAGGGUACAGUACUGGAUCGGUGCGAUAGCAGCUGUCCUCUGUGCCGUGUGCGUGUACUCGCCCAUUUUCCUUUACUUUCUGCUGUUCGUCCUCUACUCGUUGGUGCUGAUUGCUGUCGCGGUGUUUGGCACCAUCUAUGUGCACUACAAGCUAACCAACCGUGAACCGGUCUCGUACGUCGACCAAGGGGAAGACCAGCAAGCGAAUGUCCUGUACAAUGCCACACGCUCGCCGCUGUUUGGCAACGGUACGCCCGGAUCCUCGCCCGGGAUCUCCCGCCACCAGGGGAGCCGUUCGGCGGGCGGCACCGGCGGAUCGACAGGCGGGUCCGGGCACCCCCAGCUGCCGAUCAUCUUCGGGCGCACGGUCGACGGGCUGCUGCAGCAGAUCAUCGACAACGCGAUGCGCGAUCUGGUCGGGCCGGCCCUAGAGCUGGUGGUCGCGAACCCGCGCCGCAUCGUCGAGCUGCUGCGCGAGGACAUCUGGCUCAGCAUCGAGAAGCUGCACGAGCGGGCCGCCCGCAUCGACGCACCGAAGCUGAUCGCUUGCGACUUUGUUGCGAAGGUGACGCUGCAUCUGCAAAAGAUCCGCCGGCAAACGGCGGCGGCCACGAACGGCGGGACUAAGCGUGAGGGUGGGCCAGCGGAGGCUACGGGCGAACAAGCCGAUCCCGUCGUGACCGCCUCCUACCUCGCGUCGACCGAGAAGGAGCUCGACUUUCUCAAGAAGAUUGGCGAGAUACUGGUCAUCUUUCUGCUACCGCGCGGCUACUCGCUCUCCCCAGUGAAGGAUCUGCUGAGCGAGGUGCUCGCCUACCGGGUGCUGCACCCGGCGAUCCACUACCUGACCGCGCCCGACUUCAUCAACCAGCAGAUCGUGGAGUGCAUCGAGACGCGGCUGGUCGCGGUCGCGAUCCAGAAGCGCAGCCACGAGUACGCGGCCAACUUCGAGGACUUUCUGCGCAUCAUCGACAUGACGCAGACGGUCGAGGAACUGCAGUCGAUACGGGCGAGCAUCGUGAGUGACAUCCGGCAGGCGACGGCAAUGCAAACGAUGCAGCGGACCCGGGGCGGCUUCGCGAUGGCGGCCUGUGACGGCGCCGACACGGGCGGGUCGGCCGACAACGGUGGUGCCAGCGGUGGUGAUGGGGAGCCGGCGGCCGCCACUCAGCGCCUGAAGCGCUACAUCCAGCAGCUGUCGUACGCGAAAAGCCAGUGCGAACAGUGUCUGGCGCGGCUCGGCUGGGAGGGAUGCGUGAGCAACGAUGUGGACCUGUCGCUCGCCGACAUUCUGUCCACGGUCGGGGGUCGCCGCGCGCUCACCGCCUUCCUCGAGCCGCUCAACGCGGCCAGCCUGGUCGGGUACUACACGACGGUGGAGGAGCUGCGCCGGGCGGCCCGCUCCGCCUGGCACCAGCUCGGGGCGGAGAUUUUCUACACGUACGUGCGGGCGCCCAGCUCGGAGAUCCCGCUCGACAAGGCGACGCGCAAGCGCAUGGAGGCGUUCCUGGUCGGGGACGUCGGCGACCCGGACGUGUUCUACGAGGUGCAGCGCGAGUGUCUGGCGCUGCUCGAGCAGAAGUAUUACCGGCCGUUCCUGCUGAGCGAUGAGUACGGCCGGCUGAAGCGGUCGCUGACGCAGGACGAGUUUAAGGAGCUGAUCGCGUCGGGCGGUACAUGCGGCGUCAGCGGCGGAGGAGGCGGCGGGCUCGAGAGCGAGCUGAUACUGCAGCACGCCACGAGUCAGGACAGCCAGGAGAGCCAGGAAAGCUCGACGGGCAGCGCGGCGAACGGGGGCGGCAGCGAGGGCGCCACCGAUCCGGCCCUGGCCGAUCUGAGCAACCAUUCGCAGUACGCGCGCAACAAGCUGGACCGGCUGGACGAGAAGCUGGCAAACAAGCAGCAGGCGCUAGAAGCGCUGAAACAAUCGCUCAAGCCCGACUCGAAGCUGCUGCUGAUGCUGGAGCGGGAGAUCGAGUGGCUGCGGGGCGAGCGGCGCCAGCUCGAGUCACACCUGCUGCGCACCGCCGUCUGGGGCGAGUACCUCGGCAGCUGGCGGGCGAUCGUCGAGAGCGUCGACUUUUCCGACGACCGGGAGCCGCCCCAGUUCAUGAUCGUGGUGCAGGUGGACGAGAUGAACGACUACGGCAGUGGUGGUAGCGGCGGGCGGGACGACACCACCGUCACGACGGCACUCGAGGCGACCGACACAAUCUCGACCGGGUGGGUGGUGGUGCGGUCGCUCGCCCAGUUCCACGCCCUGCACCGCAAGCUGCGCCCGAUGUGCGCGGAGCUGCGCCAGCUCGAUCUGCCCUCGAACAAUGCGUUCAAGCUGUUCCUGCUCAAGAACGAUCGGGCACUGCUGGAGAAGGCCAAGGCGCAGGUCCAGCGCUAUCUCAGCUUCAUCCUCGAGGACGACCACCUGAACCAGAGCGAGGCGGUGUACGAGUUCCUCAGCCCGAGCUCGGACCGGCUGAAGCAGGGCGUGCUGACCGGCAACCCGUCGCCGUCGAAGAAGCCGACUUCCAAGUUUUCGCUUGCCACCAUCUUCCGCAGCAACAGCGACAAGCUGGAGCAGCUCUGGCAUGUCGGGAGCGGUGGUGGUGCUGGCGGCGAGCGCCCGUUCGGCGGUGGCGGCGGCGGCGGUGGCGGUGGCACCGACCACCAUCCCGACUUCACGCCGGAAGAUGCCGAUCAAGUGUCGCUGUAUCUGGAGGGUGGUCCCGCACCGUCCGGCCCCAGCUCGUCCGGCGCCUCCCCGCCCACCGACGGUGCCGCCGUCGCGAUGGAGCUGCGCGACUCGAUUGCCGAGCCGCUGUACGGGCUGCUCGGCGAGAUAUUCGAUCUCGGCGGCGUGUUUCGCUGGCUGCGCAAGAGCCUCAUUUCGUUCGUGCAGAUCACGUACGGGCAGACGAUCAACCGGCAGCUGCGCGAAUCGAUCGCCGCCCUGUUCGACGAGCCGAUGCUGCACGCGUACGCCAGUGCCGUCCUGCGCAGCCUCUGGCCGGGCGGCGGCACGUUGCAGGCGGACGGCGUCCGGCUCCUGCCGCCCGCCGAGCGUACCGAGGACGAGCGCGAGAUGAUCAUGAACGCGGCCCGGUCCCUGCUGCAGGACAACAUACCGGAGCUGCUGUGCAGCCUGAUCGGGGCGCAGAACGCGCGCCAGGGUGCGCUCAAGCUGUUCGAGGUGCUCCAGAACCCGCUCUACAACAAGCAGCUGUUUUACGAUCUGCUCGAAACGCUCAUGCUGGAGCUUUUCCCGGAGAUACGCCAGCUCAAACCGGCCGCGGCGGGCAGCACCGGCAAUGGUGCGACCGUCGCGCCCGGCCACGCUACCGGCAGUAGUAGCAGCAGCACGGUCCUGCGGCCACGCGAGUACCACCAUCAACCGGCAGCGGCGGGUUCGUCGCCUGCCGCACCGAUCUAUUCACCACCGACGCCAACGGGGGCGGUGGGUUCCGCUUCGGGAACACCUAUUAGAAGCAUAUCAUAAAAUCCCCCCCGCCCCCUCCAUCCACCUUUCACUGCAGCUUUUGCGAAGGAAACCGAUCUUUUUUUUAUAUCGAUUUUUGUUUUGAAAAGUAUUAUUAUUAUUUUAUUCUCUGAAUUGUAGAGGAAAUUUUGGACAAGCAUUCCCCAUGUGCUUAUGCCCAUUCCCUGCCUUAAGGGACCCCCCUUAUUGACCUAUUGCAAUUUCCUGAUCGUUUGUGUGGGCUGGCGUGGCAGCUAAGACGAGGCCUAAACAGUGCUGCAAAAUGUCACUGACAAUGUCAUACAAAAAUUGACUGAAACAAAAUCCACGUUAGCGUCACGUACUGAAUUGUGAUAAUCAGAGGCGAUACUCAAAACGGUUGGUGAGAUAAAUGUAUGCUUCGUGACAUUUUUGCGACCAACGCUUGGUCAGUCACUAUGACAUGACUUUUUUUCACUGUGAUCAGUUCUGCAAAAAUGUCGCUGACAUAGU